GCAUGGCCGGACGUGGGAAGCUGCUAGCGGUGCUGGGCGACGAGGACACGGUGACCGGGUUCCUGCUGGGCGGCGUGGGCGAGCUGGACAAGCACCGCAAGCCCAACUUCCUGGUGGUGGAGAAGGAGACCAGCAUCACCGAGAUCGAGGAGACCUUCCGCCCCUACGACGCCACCAAGGACUCCAUCCUGCGCCGCGCCAAGGGCAUGUUCACGGCCGAGGACCUCCGAUAGGCGCACGGGGCGCCCUUCCCCCCCCCAAACACCCCGGGGCCGGGACCCCUCCUUCGUCUUGUGUGCUGAGCCCCCUCUUCCCCGUCGCACCAGUACGCCCCAGUUCAGGGCCCUGCAUCUUCUCUGGGGUCCCCGGGCCAGCUCUAGGGGCUGGGCACAGGGGUGCAGGGUCCUCGUGUUGCCCCUGCACGAUGCCCUUGUCCGCGGGGGUUGGGAGGGCUGCAGGUAGGUCUGGCUUCAGGCUGCCCCCCCACCCCAAUGCUGUUUCGUAGCACCCGGUGCCCACCCCUGUCUCUUGUGUUUGUGAGUGCACUGCCCUGUCAUUAAAUAAGUCCCCAAAUGUC